CAGCUGCUGCUCUGCUUUCAAACGCGCUGGGAGAUGGAGAGGCAGAGAGAGGGAGGAAAAGCGUCCUUAAACGUGGGCUGUUGUGUAAUCCCUCCCAGGGCCCCUUUGCUAUUUUUGUGCCUGGGUCCGCACGUCACGGCUGGGUAUUUUCUCUGGUGACUUGCUCGCAUCAAUAGAUCUUCUAAUGUACACCCAGUCGGCCAGCGGGCUCCACAGCUGAUGGGACUAUUCCUCGCUAAUUUCUUUUGUUGUCCUUCUCACCGGGACACGAGCGGAACAGGGGGAUGGACCGGGCAGCAUGAGGAAUGUCACAUAUGACUGUCGACAUGGGACGGGGGACUGUUCAAAUGUCAGGUGACUCCUCCCUGCUCCUCACGCAUUUGUUAACAUCACGAAGGUUACACGAGACAUACCGUCCUUGAAAACUGAUCACAAGUGAACUCGCUGGAUUCAUGGAGUCACUCGACGCCAUUGCAGGGGUGAAGGGCUCCGCUGAGGGCCAGGAGAGAAAGAUUGCACAGAAAAAAGGCACAUCAGAAGCUGUUCUGAGACCUUCGGUCAAAGCGGAAAGCAAACGGUGGCACCAAGAAUUGGAAGACGUUCAGAGCAGAAACACGGGUGGUUUUAGUGAAAUGUCUGACUCAGGGAAACCUCUGCAAUCGGAAGAUCAGUUCUCACAAGCCCAGCCCACAAGCCAUCCCGACUAUGAGGUGUCUUUAUCACUCCAGCCCGUAAAGCCCUUCUCUGUCGGCAGACAAAAAGCUUCAGCACAGUCUCCAGGACCUGCAAGUCAGAGGAAGUCACCCGCUUCAGCCGAGGUCCAGCAGCAGUGUUCCCAAUCAGGGAUGGACCAGCCGUCAGAAGCCACGGCUAAGGUGGAGCAGAAACCACAAAAGCCAGGAAAGUACGUGUGUGAUUACUGCGGCAGGGCAUGUGCCAAACCCAGUGUUCUUAAGAAACAUAUCCGCUCCCACACAGGGGAACGGCCCUAUCCAUGCGUCCCCUGUGGGUUCUCCUUCAAAACCAAGAGUAACCUGUACAAACACAGAAAGUCCCAUGCCCACUCGGUCAAAGCUGGAACGGUGCCAUUAUCCGAGCUUGGGUCCUACAAUGCCAAUAUGGAGCAGGGGUCUAUUGAAGGGGAAGGAGAGUUAUUCUCUGAUGCUGAGCAAAGCACGGACACGGACGAGGACACUCUUAAUGACCCGCUGCUGCUGCUGGACUCUCCGACUGAGGGAUCAGAUAACACCGCUGUAAAAGUGCUAAAUCUCAUUGCUCAGAAAAAGGGAGCCACGUCAAUGUCAGGUCAGGAUGGUUCAUCCCAACCCAAAGAAAUCAAUGCGUCUCCUGUCACGGCCGAGGCCAGUCGUGCAAUCCAAUCUUCAACGAUCAAGCAGAGGCUCGCUCUUCGGCUGUCUGAAAAGAGAAGCGGCGACUCGGAGCAAAAUCUCUCCCUUCCGAGUCAGUCCAGCAAGGGCAGCACGGACUCGGGUUACUUCUCACGCUCAGAGAGUUCGGAGCACCAGACCGGUCCUCCAAACACCAAUGCGAAGUCCUACCAAGAAAUCAUGUUCGGGAAGUGCUAUCGGCCGAGCCCUAAGCAGACCUCCUCUUAUGAAUCUGGGGAGCUUCCCGAGAAAUGCUCUGAGAAAGGUGUGUCCCGAGUUUUCACUCAAGAAAAAGAUGCAGUCGAAUCAAUCAAAAUAAACACCAAAUCGUUUCUAAAGGAGGAGUUGAAAGAGUCGCUGUUAGACGCCGGGUGCGACACGGGGCCUCUGAUCCGGAGCAACUCCAUGCCGACGUCCUCAGCCGUGUGUCUAACGAUGCCCCAGACCCUCAGAGGCAGCCACUCGUUUGACGAAAGAGCAAGCACAGGGGGCAUGAGGCGACUGAAACGCCAAGGGGCCAUCGAGCUGUAUGUGCAUGAUGGUCACGCUGAAGCCGAAAGCCACGGGAAAAUGAGUGAGCCUUCUCCCACUGGGUUGGACGUGGAAAGCUACACCUCUUUGGCGCUUGGUACGACUCAACACAAACAUGCAAUGGAGCUGGCGACACGGAAGCGCCGCAAAGAGAAGAGGGAGGAGGAGGACCUGCUAGGACAAUACGAGGGACACCAUAAGCAGUGUGAAGACAUGUUUGAUUCAAGCAAGGACUAUGAUAUAAAGCAAGCUGCAAUGGGGAUAAUGGCCUUAGGCAGGGGACAUUUGGACAUGGACAUAUCAAUUAACCCUGACAUAUCAGGCCGAAAAAACCUAGGGAAUGUCAUUUCCGUUAUCCAGCACACAAACUCAAUAAACAGGCCUCAUACCGACCUGUCAGAAUCGUUCAAAUAUUAUAGUCAUCGUCUGGAAACCAUGUCUUCGUUACAAGCAAUGGAGGCCGGUGAGUCUUUUGAAAUGGAAAGUGACGUUGGGUUAAGCCAGUCGGGUCAGCUGGGGCCCAAACUUAUGCGACAGCCAAAUAUACAAGUCCCAGAAAUCAGGGUCACAGUUGAGCCUGACAGUCCAGAAAAAGCCCCGGAAGUGCCGGCGAAGGAGCCGGAGAAGCACGUGGAGGAGUUCCAGUGGCCUCAAAGGAGCGAGACCUUAGCACAAUUCCCUCCAGAAAAGCUCCCUCCCAAGAAAAAGCGCCUUCGUCUGGCUGAAAUCGAGCACUCCUCCGGCGAAUCAAGUUUUGAGUCCGCUUGCACCAGCCUGUCCCGCAGCCCGAGCCAGGACAGCAACUUGUCCUAUAGCUCCACUUUUUCCUUUGACAGGGAGGAGAGCCUGAAAUCAACCUCUCCGGCCAAGCAAGACGAAUUUGGCAAAGCUCUGGAGCUGUUAGCUGUGCCGGGGUGUGGGCACUCCCUCUCCGUGCUCGGCCAGCGUCAGCAGCAUGAAAUGAGACGCUCCUCCUCGGAGCAGGCGCCGUGCAACUUGCACAAGGAGUUCCCAGAGGUUCGCAGCGUGUCAUUUGACUAUGGCAGCCUUUCUUCAACCUCCAGAGUUGGGAAGGAGAGAAGGAGGGGGAACUUGGUGCGACAGGAGUCACUGAACAUGGAUGCUGAAGUCACACAGGUCCCCUCACAAGUGUUCACACAGUACCUCAGCAGCAACUCCCCUCCAUUCGCGGCAGCCACUAUCCUGCCACAGACCUUGCCAAUAUUUUCUGUUGGGAACACAUUUCCCCAGUUUCCUAAUCCCAGCCUAGUAGUUCCUGUUAGGAUUCAGACCCACGUGCCGUCCUUUGGCAGUAUCACGUACACCUCUUUAUCGCAGAUCUGUGACAAUCAGCACGACAGUAUUAGCUCCUCGACCUCCGCCCGCCAGAGUCUAGCCUCGCGCUUGUCUGGAAAUCUUGAUCCUCACGUGUACUCGAAGCAAACCGCGGCUAACAGCCUCAGCGUUGAGGCCCUGGAUUUGUCAUCAGCUAAACUAAAGACCGGCAUCCCUCUGUCCCUGACCUCCAGAACUAUAUCGACGACCAAUGCCUCGAGUGGGGGAGCAAGCAAGCGGAUGCUCUCCCCCGCCAGCAGCUUGGACCUAUUCAUGGAGGUGAAGCAGCAGAAACGGGUGAAGGAGGAGAGAAUGUUUGGGCAGAUCGUCGAGGAGCUGAGCGCUGUAGAGUUGGGUAAAUGCCAUUUGAGUGAAGAGAAAGGGCGCAGGUCGGGGAUGCCGGGUGCAUCGACACACGUCACCGGUGACGCGAGCAGGACUUCACUCACUGCGCGUCAAAAAGUGACCGAACUCAGCGAACCUGAAAGCGCCAUGGAGAGUAGCUGCCUAGAACCGAGUUCACCCCCUUACUCUGUCAUAUCGGGCGGCAACGCAAAGGAACAGGUGCAGAUGGAUGUCGCGGCACAGCCGGGUGCCAGUCAGGACACCCUGAUUUCAGGCACAGAGCAUUCAAGUACCUUAUCUCAGUUUCCAAGCCUUCGAACGACGACAGGCCUCAGCUGGUGUUACCUCAACUACACAAAGCCCAGCUGCUCGCAGGGCGACACCCCUUUCGCCUCCACAUACUCCACGUGGAGCGUGAGCUCCCACAAUCCCAACCCCCUGGAAGUGAGUACCAGCAUUGCUCUGGCUCUGCUGCGGUCCAGACAGAGGGGAGACAAGGUUAUAUACUCCGUAGCUGCCAUGUGCCAGCCUGGCACGGGGAAACUAGUUUCAUCCCUCAUCCUGUGGAGACAGACCAUGGAACAGCUGCAGAGGAAACCGGAGCCCAAAGAGGUGGACAUCACCUACGGGAAGAAGGUGAAAGACAUCAGCUGCAGAGCCAAAGCAGCCAAGGAGGAGUGGAAAGAGAGGGAGGCCUCUGCGAACCAGGCAGUGCCAACGCGAAUUAAGAUCUUCGAGGGAGGGUAUAAGUCCAACGAGGACUACGUGUAUGUCAGAGGUCGAGGCCGGGGGAAAUACAUCUGCGAGGAGUGUGGUAUUCGCUGUAAGAAGCCGAGCAUGCUGAAAAAGCAUAUCCGGACCCAUACAGAUGUGCGACCGUACAUCUGCAGGGUUUGCAACUUUGCCUUCAAGACCAAAGGAAACCUGACUAAACACAUGAAGUCAAAGGCCCACCUGAAGAAAUGUCUUGAACUGGGAGUUUCGGUGACAAUGGAUGACGCAGACAUACAGGAACACGCAGACAACAUCCAACAAGAAUCCAAAACAGGCGUGGCGGCAACCAGCAAACAUCAGUUCUCCGAUGCCGAGGACUCUGAAGGCAUGGACGAAGAAGCUGAUGAAAUAGACGAGGAAGAUGAAGAGGACGACGAGUACGAGGGGGACUCCACCCCGAAGCUGCACUCGAGGAGUACGAGUCCUCAGCCGUGCGGCGUGACCUCGGUGUACGUCACUGCCAGCUCUGCCGUCCACGGUUGCUCUCUGACCUCGCUACCCGGAGCAGACGUUCAUCGGCAGUCCUCUGGCAAGCGCUCAGGCCCGGAGAACCGUUUCGCCCUCACAGCAGAACAGCGAGAGAAGUCCGUGGAUGAAGACUCUCUGACCAUGCUGCCGCUGGACCAGACCAGUCUCCUCUUUGACCCUUACUCCUCUUAUCUGCUGUCUCCUGGUUGGGAGUCUCCCAUCAGGGAACCCUCUCCCUCACGGCUACGGUAUCCAUCCCCGAGGCGGGAACUGUCGCCACGGGGGCGUUCUUCACCAAGGUGGGACUCCUCGCCGCUGAGGCCCGGGUCACCCAUCUUCAAGUCCAUCCAGCACCCAUCCCCGGCCUCGCUGGAACGGCCGAUGUCUCCCGGGACCGAGGUAGCUGGAAAGCGGGAGUCCUCCGUGAGGGGCAGGCAGAGGGUUGUGUUGAGGGCCGUGUCCCCGCGCAGAGGCUCGCACCCACAUAAAGGCGGCUGUGAUAAAACCAGACACCAGGCAAAGAUGGAGAUGGCCAAGCAACAACAGGCUUUCGAAAUGGAUCAAAGGAGCAGCUUGGCUCCUGCUCCGCCGGGCGCUGCCAGUUCUCAUCACCAGAACGUCCUCAGCCACCUCCCUCUUCACUCCCAGCAGCAGGCCCGCUCGCUGCUCCCCGUCGUUCCUGUCGGAGGGCUCCAGAUGUUGCACUCCCCGGCCUCACCCGGCACCGACGCCGGCCCCUCCCCUUGCCAGAGCCCCCAGAGCAGCGACGGGCAGCGCUGCAGCAGCAGGGAGGGAUCCGUGCAGGGGUCCGAGACGGGGGGAGAGAAAGUCGAGGGCCGCCGGGGGAAAAGUCCCGAGCUGCCCGCCGGCGAAAGCAGACAAGAGGAGAGUGUCCAGACCUGCCUGAAAGCCAUUGCCUCGCUGAAAAUUACCAUAGAAGAUCCUCAUUAAAACCUUUUAGUUAACCCCCCCCCCCUACUACCACACCACCAAACCUGCAACCAUCCUCAGCCCUUUAACCACCUUGUCUUUAUCCUAUUAGAGGCAAUAUAAUGACAUUUCCACUGAUCUGGCGUGGUCAAACUCAGAGAUUAAGCGUGGGGGAUGUUUCUUUGCAAAAGGGGGAAGAAUCAUUAUUGGGUGCAGUUGCAAUAUGGAAAGAUAUUAUGCUAAUAUGCCUUUUUUUUGUCUGAGAUCGUAGUUUGCGCACAAAUUGCACAACAAUUACAUUUAUGGGUCCUGUACAAAUGUCUUUAACAUAUACGAUGACUUAGAUGCAUACAAGCGGUGUAUUUUGCAGUGUGUACUUUGAAAAUAGACUGUUGUUUCUGUUAAUCAUAUCAAAGUGUGAUGCAGUAGUGCUGUAACUAAAGACUAUUUAUAAAAAGGGGAAACGUAUGUGUACUAUGAAACAGUCUGACCAAAUUUUAAGUAGACGCUUCUUGUGCAGUUUGGUGCUUCUGAUCAAGCAGCAAGGGUAUGUGCCUUUUCUUUCUUUUUUUUUCUCCCCUUUUGCUUUUCUGUAUUUGCAACCAAGUAAGGACAACAUCUAAGGACUCUCGCUAAGAAGAGGCUGCACUUUUGGGGAAGGCUUUGUUUUUUUUUGUUUUUUGACAGAUGGAUUUAUGUGAAGCAAUCUUAAACAAAUGUUACUUUAUGUUGCAUUUUUCUUAAUGUUGUGGUUUUUAUCUUGGUAAAAAAAAAUGCAUGGGAUUUGCUAUUGCACAACCAUAGAGGAAUUAAUUAUGUAAUUAUGAAUACUGUAAGAUGUAUUUAUAUAUUAGAACGUAAGCACUUAUUGAUACUGGUAAACAUUUGACUACUAUUUAUAUGGUAUAUCUGUAUUUAUGCAGCAGUUAUGCAGUGAGCCACUCCGGCGUUGCUUUUGAUCUCAUGGCGCUGCUUUGAUUGAGCUUGUUUUCUUGCUUAUGCAGAUGAUCAUGGGUGUUUUCACGAGUUUUAAAGAUGCACUUUCAUCCUUUUUUUUUUUUUUUUGUUUUUUCAUUGAUGACUCUGAUGUUGAGUCCGGUGAGGCGCGG